AUGGCGGCUGGUGGGGCCCUCGGGGCCAGCAGCAGCAUGCUCAAGUGGGGGCGUCAUGCGUGGAGGCGGGGCGGACAGUGGCUAGUCCUCGGGCGGGGUGUUGGCCCUCGAGGCCAGCAGCAGGAUGAGGACGAGGACGCCGUGCAGGAUGGCGGCUGGGCCUUGGCUGCGGUGAUGGCCCUCGUGGUCAAGAAGCCGAAGUGGAGGAGGGAGAGGAACAUCUCGGCGGCCUCUAGUGCAAGCGCACCAGGCAGCAGCAGAAGACGGAAGCGAGACGCGGAGCGCGGCAGAAGAGCUAGAGAAGCCGUAGACAUGGCGACCCAAGUCCACGUCUUCAUCUCCGGCAUGAGCGCUGGCUACCAGCGCUUCUACCUGACCCGGAAGACCUGA